AUGAAAAACUUCGUCUACCUCGUCGGCGACGCGAAGACGCGCGAGUGCGUCGUGAUCGACGCGUGCUGGGACGUGCGCGGGAUACAGAGGGUGAUCGACGGAGAUAAGAUGAAGCUCGUGGGCGCGAUCGCGACGCACUAUCACUUCGACCACACCGGAGGGACGCCGCCGCCGCCGUUCGACGCGUUGGGGAUCAAAGUGCCCGGGAUCAGAGAGUUGCACCUUCGCGGGCUGCCGUGCCACGCGCACGAGGAGGACGCGGGGGAGAUCGUGCGCAGGAACGAGAUCCCGAGGGAUAAAUUGAUAACGCACAAGGACGGGGCGUUAUUUAAAGUCGGCGCGAUCGAGAUGAAGUUCAUGCACACGCCGGGGCACAGCCCCGGAAGCAUGGUGAUCGCCGUGAGAGGCGACCAGCAGGGCGCCCCCGGCGACGGCAACGGCGUCGUCAUCAGCGGCGACACGAUCUUCCCCGGGUCGUGCGGUCGGUUGGACCUCCCGGACGCGUCCGCGGAGAGGAUGUUCGACUCGCUCGCGAGGUGCGCGAGGGAGCUCCCGGAGGAGAUGUACGUGUACCCGGGGCACGACUACAACGGCGCGAGGAGCACGGUGAAGAGAGAGAAGCAGACGGGAUUAUUGCGGCCGUUCACGAAGCAGCAGUGGAUGACGAUGCACGCGCGGUGA